AUGCCUGUGGAUGUCUAUGCAGAGUGCUCGCCGAAGUCAUUGCUGGAGGCGAGCGCUCUUCGUAUAGCCUGUCUAAUUGGAGAUGAUCGGGUCCCACCAAUCGGCUCAUCAUUGCCUGCCCAUUUUGGAAACUUAAUCGUGGAUGCUAUGCGUCAAUUGGACCUUCUAGAUGAAAAAGGAUUGCAGUGCCUUGCUGAUCUUAAGCUAAAUAUAACCAAGAUUGACUUAUCACAAUGUGGACACUUCCCUUACGUUGUACUAUCACUCUUGGCGCAGUUCGAUUUGGAGUCACUUUCGAUUUCAGAUGCAGGACCAUCAGAUUCCUCGACUUUUGAUGUGGGAGAGUUUAUCCAUGAAUGCGUCAGUGAAGCUACGUUGAGGUCACUCCGCUAUCUUAACAUUGGUGGGCAUGACAAAAUGACUAACUUCUCCAGGCUGGCACAAUUCUCUGCAUUGGAAAGCCUUUCGCUUGCAGGACGUCCGGUGUGCCAGGCGGCUUUGAAAGUUGUUCGCGAACUUCCUAACUUGAAGCUACUUGACAUUUCUAAUACAUUAGUUGCAGACAUUUCUGCUCUGAAUGAACAAGUGAAUCUCGAGGCCCUUAUAAUGCACAAUCUACGCAUUCGCUCUGGGUGUGUAACCGAAACGCUUCGUAGUCUGUGUGGUCUGCGGGUUCUGGAUAUAUCGAAAGAGGUUACAGAUUACGGAACGGACAGCUCGCAGGAGGCUUGCGUGGAUCUACCACUUGCUAUGGUACAAGUAAUGCGCGACGAUAAAUUUGCUUGCUGGCCUUAUUUGAGGUCAAUAGACCUUGCUGGAAAUUCACUAGCAAAUAUGGGAGUGGAUAGGGCUGCCGACAUCGUCACACUUCUACUGGAAAGAAAUCCUCGUCUUGAGCGAGUCUCUGUCCUAGCAACUCCCCUCGACGGGCAUUCCUACGUUGUUCCGGUGGAACGAGAUGUACAAAUCAUUAAUUGCGCUACCAGAACGCAAGCAGUGAUGGCUUUGAAUGAUUACUGGAAUACUGACAGGUUUGAUUACUCUUCGGUUACAUCUUGGCUUUCAUACUGGACUAUUUUGUAUCGCUUCAGGGAUGCAUUCACUGCACACGCUUUGCAUUGUGUUUACUACAUGUUACAAAGCGGUUAUGAUGAUUUCUCGGAUAGUGAAAUAGCUGAAUGUGCAGCAGUGGUUUGUGCGGCAUUGCGCAAACAUCUGCACAAUCUUGGUGUUCAAAUGGCCGGCAGCGCUUGUCUUUACCACCUCUGCAAGAUGAAGCGGAUCUCUCGUCUUUCAAUAUCAGCUGUCCGAAAAUGCGUCGAUCGGUGCCUUGAUGCUGCUGAAACUUAUCCAGAAACAACGCAGCUGCAAAAGAAUGUAUGGUUGACGAUAUGCAACGAUUAUCUUCUCCAACUUUCCGGGAUCAAUUUCUACCGAACUUGCAAGGUUGCACUGGAAAGCAUGCUGAUCAAUACGGAUGCUGGUGUUUCAAGGAUGACCAUAGCCAUAGUGUCAAUUGUUGCGCCAAAAAUGCGCUCUCAAGAUGCUCGAGUCCUGGCCAGCGAUGUACGUUACGUGAAACAUCUUGUUCAUCUAAUGGAACAAAAUCUAAAUCAUUUUCGCAAUUCAAACGGUGUUCGUGCUGAGAACUCGCUCUACACUCUGAAGUUCACUUUGAGUGCCCUGUGGAAUCUAACGGACGACUGUCCGGCCACCUGUGUGGUUUUCGCUCAAGAAAAUGGUAUCGGAGUUUCAUUUGAUAUCCUGCGACUAUUUGAAAAUCACAAACAAACAUCAAACAAAGUACUAGGAAUCUUUGAACAAUGUCGCCGAAGUAUACGAGCAGAAACUCUUGAUGCUACAGAAUCGAAAUUGGCAAGCUCUUUGCUGAAUGUCUUGAUGGAGAUUUUACUCGUGCUGAUGGAGCUGGACGAAACCGUGCUGUUGAACGAAGCUACUUCGCCGCAGGUGUUUUAG